AUGGAGCACCUUGUCCAACAAGAUAACUCCUCAUCGUCUCACAGCUCCUUCGACACAGAGCUCCUUUCUCAGACUGGUUACACAAUACUGGCCGCUAUCAUGGGUGUGUUCUCUGUAAUGGGGAUCAUCCUCAAUGUCCUGGUGAUCGUGGUGACAGUGAAACACAGACAGCUAAGACAGCCACUCAGCUAUGCCCUGGUGAACCUGGCUGUAUGUGACCUGGGCUGCGCUGUGUUUGGAGGUCUGCCCACCACAGUAACCAGUGCCAUGGGAUACUUCAGCCUGGGACGUGUGGGCUGUGUGUUAGAGGCCUUUGCUGUGGCAUUUUUUGGUAUAGCAGGUCUGUGCACAAUUGGAAUAAUUUCUGUUGAACGCUAUAUAGUGGUGUGCUAUCCCAUGGGGGCUGUCCUGUUCCAGACCAGACACGCAGUUGCUGGAGUGGUGCUGUCCUGGCUGUGGUCGUUUUUGUGGAACACUCCGCCUCUGUUUGGUUGGGGAAGUUAUGAGCUGGAGGGCGUCAAGACCUCCUGUGCCCCCAACUGGCACAGCCGGGAUAUCGGGAACAUGUCCUACAUCAUCAUAUACUUUUCCUUUUGCUUUGCUGUACCCUUCUCUAUCAUCAUAAUGUCUUACUCACGACUCUUGUGGACCCUCCACCAGGUGACCAAGCUGCAGGUAUCCGAGGAUGGCAGCACAAAUCGUGUUCAGGCGCAGGUGGCUCGUAUGGUAGUGGUGAUGGUGCUGGCCUUCUUAGUGACCUGGCUGCCAUAUGCGGCCAUGUCCCUUGCUGUCAUCAUGGACUCCAGUCUAUAUAUUGACCCCAUCAUCGGCACCAUACCUGUUUACUUGGCUAAAAGCAGCACUGCCUUCAACCCCAUCAUAUAUAUUUUCAUGAACAGACAGUUUCGAAGCUACGCUAUUCCUGUUGUCUUGUGCGGACGGAACCCGUGGGCCUCAGAACCACAAAUAUCUGAGGGCAAGACCUCGGUUGUUUCUCUCAGCAAGAGCCAAAAAGUCUCACCUGAAGAAUCUUUUAAACAAUAA